AUUUUUAUAGCUCCCUAUUUCUCUCUUUCGCGCAAACUUUUCAUAUGUCAACGGUAUGUUUUUAGUUGGACUUGUACGUAAACAAACAAAUUGUUCCCGAAACCUUCGUCACACUUUUAUGAUCCGCUACGCGUAUUUUAUCAGAUAAGAGUUGGUAAAGAGUAAAAAAAAUUGCAAAUGUCCCCGUUACAUUGUAGGUUUUGCUAGUAUUUUGUACAAAUAAUCACUGCUAGUACCUGUUACUUCGCGGUAGAAAGUGUUUUCAAAAGAAUGUUUCGUAAAAUAUUUCCCACGACGUACGUGGUGAAAGUUGCACAAAGAUGUAUCCACAGAAAUGUUAGCAUGACAGUAAGGCCACGGAUCUGUAUCGUAGGUGCUGGCCCAGCUGGUUUCUACACUGCCCAGUACAUCCUGAAACAUCUGGACAACUCUGAUAUCGACAUUGUAGAGAAACUACCUGUACCUUUUGGAUUGGUGAGGUUCGGCGUAGCACCAGACCACCCGGAAGUGAAAAAUGUUAUCAAUACAUUUACCAAAACAGCCGAAAACCCUCGUGUACGGUUUCUUGGAAAUUUAACAUUGGGAAAGGAUUUCACACUUCAAGAAUUGCGGGAACAAUAUCACGCCGUGUUGCUUACGUAUGGAGCAGAACAAGACAAUACGUUGAACAUUCCAAACGAAACCCUUCAAAACGUACUCUCGGCAAGAGAGUUCGUCGCUUGGUACAAUGGCUUGCCCGGUUUUGAGAAUCUAAACCCUGACCUUAGCGGUCAAUCUAUGACCUUAUUAGGUCAAGGAAAUGUAGCUGUCGACGUAGCACGCAUCGUUCUUUCAAGCGUGGACGAUUUGAAAAAAACUGAUAUUACUGAGUAUGCCCUAGAAGCACUUUCACGAAGCCGUAUCGAAACUGUUCAUCUCGUUGGACGAAGAGGUCCUUUGCAGGCAGCGUUCACUAUUAAGGAACUGCGGGAAAUGUUGAAGCUCUCUAACUGCGUAACGAAAUGGAGAGUUGAUGAUUUCGAUCAUGUAGAAGAAACCAUACCAAAUCUACCUCGUCCUAGGAAGCGCAUCACUGAACUGAUGGUGAAAAGUUUAACAGAACAACAGCAGAAUCAAAGCCCCCACACGGGACGGUGCUUUCAACCAAUCUUCUUCCGUUCGCCGGUUAACUUCAUUGGCAGCGGUAAGGUUGAAGCUGUAGAGUAUGUUGCCAAUAAGCUGGUUGAUGGUAGAGCACGUCCUACCGAUCAGCGGGAAACGAUAGCGGCGGAUCUUGUGUGCCGCAGCAUCGGAUACCGUGCCGUGAGCGUGGACAAUCAUAUCAAUUUUGAUGAUCGCAAAGGAUGCGUUAUCAAUGCUGGAGGGCGUGUCUUGAAACAAAAUCUCACCGGAAGUGAUCAAACUAUUGACGACAUCGAGGAUAAGUACGAAACUGGCCUGUACGCAUCGGGCUGGCUUGCUACCGGACCGACGGGUGUAAUUCUUACGACGAUGAAUAAUUCCUUCGGCGUGGCCGAUACGGUGUGUCGCGAUUUCAAUAGCAACACCAUACGUCUCAAGGAUUCCCGGCCCGGACUGGACCUUACCGGUCGUACCUACGUUAGCUGGAACGGAUGGAAAGCCAUCGACAAUGAGGAAGUUAAAAAUGGCCUAGCAAAAGGUAAACCACGAGAAAAGCUUACCUGCGUAAAAACUAUGCUGCAGAUUGCAUCUAAUGCAAGCGAUUAAGUUCUCGGAGAACGUCGCACAGUUUGUUAUUGCUAGUACCUGCCGCAUAUGUAUUCGUUGUUAGGUUUUAGCAUCGUUUAUUUUUCAUAACUUUCCUUGGGAGUGGAUCAUUCAAUCGGUAAAGUUUAACAAAUAGAAUCAUCACUCACUGCGCA